AUGAACCUUUUAAGGAAAUAUUUGGGAAAACUGUUCGACUGGAUAAGCACAUGGAUGAAAUAUGGUCUCAUGAGACUUUGCAGGGUUUUUCCAACAGCCAGUGCUUUGCCAAGUGGAGCAUCAGCCCAAUCAACAUCUGAAGAGUGGAAAACUGACAUUGCACUUCGCACAUACAACCUUGGUGGUCAAACCAUGGUUACAGUCCAAACCAGCACACACACUUUCCGUGUGGAUCUUGGAAGGCUUUCUGACUGUAGCGAGUACUUCCGAGCUUUGUCCCAGUCUGGAAUGAGAGAGACAGAGGACUGCCUCGUCCACCUGGACCACAUGUCUUCGUCCGUCUUUUAUCAUCUCCUAGAGUUUUACUUCCAUGACAAGUUUGAGACCCCGAUGGAGGAGGAGUUAGGCCCACGUAUACAGGUCAGCAGCUACCUCCUGGCUGAGACCUUCCUCUCCAAGUGCUUGUCUGUCCUGGCGGAUGUCCUGAGGCCAGAGAACUGUUUGUCCUACCUGAGCCUGUCUCAGGACAUUUGCUGCAUGGAGCUGAGGUCUACCGUGUUGGUAUACCUGAGCAGGAACCUGCUGGAGCUGCCUCAUCUCAUCAGAUGUCUAACCACUGAGGAGAAGGAGGAGCUUAUUCUACUGAGGAUGCAGGGGAAGCCACAUCUCUGCAGCCUUAGGAAGGAGAACCUGACAUCUUGGAACGACCCGGCGACAGAGCAUGCCCGAUACGUAUUCGCAGAGCAAAGGGGAGAGUGGGGUCCAAUCACACAGUUCCCCUUCAGAGCUGAUAAGUGGUGCUUCUCUGCGGUGGUGCUGUACAACUACUUGUAUAUCAUAGGAGGCUACAGAACACUCCUGAGGAAGAGGUGGGAGUUCAAAAUGGCCACAUUUAGGUAUAAUCCUUUGACUCAGAAAUGGGCUUCCAUUGCUCCUCUCAUUAAGCAUAGAAGGCACUUCAGUGCAGUGGCCUGCCAUGGCCGUAUAUAUGCAGUGGGCGGCUGGUACUUGGACUCCCUGGUCACCCCAGACUCAAGCACCGCCCUAUACACAGCUGUAGAAUGUUAUAAUCCAUGGGAGGACACAUGGAGGUUUGUCUCUUCGCUGCCGCUCACAGACUUUCAGUUCACCAUGUCUUUGUCUCACGACGUGCCCCUGGCCACCAGUCUGGGACACUGUCUCUACGUCUUGGGGAGCAUCCAGCGUACAGGAGAGAAACUACUGCUGCAGUACGACACAAGGCAAGACUUGUGGUCUGAGCUACUUCCUACUCUUACCAAAGCAGAUGCAGACCUUCCAACUCUUUACUUCCUGGGCGCCUCUUCUGAGCGACUGCUUGUUAUUGGCGGCAACAACUCGCAUAACGUGAUGACGUCUUUUUGUGUGCGCUCACACAAAUGGGGGCAGGUGCACGUGCUGCAGAAAGCAGCCUUGACGGGACAGGGGGCAGUUUUAGGCGACCAGGUCCUAAUGCCCAGUUUACAACAAAACACUGUAGUGACGAUGGAUCUACAAACCCUCUCCCUCAGAACCUUUCCUCCUCUACCCAUCUCAGUUUCCUAUGAAGCAGUCUUUUACCUUCACUUUUGA